AUGGCUCCCUUCAAUAACCAAUCCCAAAGUGUUGAGGCAGCUACAGCCCUUCUUUACAAAUUCAGCCUUGCUGAUAUCACGGAAUCCAAUGAUAAAUAUAACCAACGCGUUUCGUCCUUCUUUCGUCCUAACACAUCAAACCAGGCUGCUAAGAAUAAGCGCAGCACGCCGACCAGUAACCUAGUGGAAAGUCCCACAAUCAAAGAGGCACCUGAAGAAGUUUUUGAAGGACGAGGCACCAUGGAAAAAGCCCCCAGGAAAUUGUUUAGGCGGCGAAGAAAUUAUCGAUCCCAGGUUCAGGACGAGUUAAGAUCUAGAUAUGAAUAUGGCGAAACGAUGUCAAACGGCCGGAAUUCAAAGCACAUCAAUCCCCGAACUACCCAGCUUAUGAUGCGACGAGAGCAAGGAUUGAGACGAUUGUUGACUUUGAGUGAUGAUCAGACUUCGCAUGCAGAAAUCUUGACUGCAAUCGUGGCUAGAGAUACUACCAAAGCGAAUGUUCUCAAGAAGACGAACACUGGCUCGAAGUAA